AUGAAAAAUGUAACAUCGAGUUACGGGAACACGUAUCAUCACGCCGAAGAUGUUCAAACUGGAGAAUUCGCGUUUACGGCGGUGGAAGCUGGAGACUACAUGGCGUGUUUCACUGCUGUUGAUCAUAAACCUGAGGUUACAUUGAGUAUUGAUUUCGAUUGGAGAACUGGUGUUCAGUCUAAGACUUGGAGUAGUGUUGCUAAGAAGAGCCAAGUCGAUAUUAUGGAGUUUGAUGUAAAAAGACUGAUUGAAACUGUCAACUCGAUUCAUGAAGAGAUGUUUUAUCUCAGAGAAAGGUAAAGAAAGUUC